GUAACCUGUACUGACUUUAAUCCAAACCGCAAACAACUAGCCUCAGGAUCAGUGGAUAAGAGCCUGAUGAUCUGGAAUCUGGCUCCGAAGGCAAGAGCUUUCCGCUUUGUCGGCCAUCAGGAUGUCAUCACCGCGGUGCAGUUCUCACCCUCUGGUAACCUGGUGGCAACUUCCUCCAAGGACAGGACGGUCCGACUGUGGACACCUUCCAUGAAAGCAGAAUCAACUGUGUUCAAAGCACACACGGCUACCGUACGUAGUGUUGCUUUCUCUAAUGAUGGACAGAGACUGGUGACAGGGUCUGACGACAAGUCCGUCAAAGUGUGGAGCGUUCACCGGCAGUGCUUCCUCUACUCUCUCAGCCAGCACACCAACUGGGUGCGAUGUGCCAGGUUCUCUCCAGAUGGGCGGCUCAUCGCCUCCUGUGGGGACGAUCGUUCUGUCCGUCUGUGGGACACUUCCACUAAAAACUGCAUCAACUGUUUCAGUGACUAUGGAGGAUCAGCAACCUUCGUUGAUUUCAACUCAAGCGGCACCUGUAUUGCGUCCUCAGCCGCUGACAGUUCACUGAAAAUUUGGGAUCUACGAACCAACAAGCUGAUUCAGCAUUAUCAAGGUAGUAACUAUCUGAUCAGUGGCUCCAGUGACAGCACUAUUAAGAUCCUGGACCUGUUGGAGGGACGACUCAUCUAUACCCUCCAUGGACACAAGGGCCCUGUACUCACAGUAGCUUUUUCCAGGGCCGGAGAUCUCUUUGCCUCCGGGGGAGCUGAUGGUCAGGUGCUGAUGUGGAGGACAAACUUCGACACCAAAUCCUACGAGGAGGUCCUGCAACUACACAAUCGAAGGUCCACCCCCGAUCCUCCACCUCACAGAGGAAGAGGGAGGAGGAGAGAGGAAGAGGAAGAGGAGAGAGGGCAGACGCACCCACUUGAAGAUCUCUCAGGUCAUCCAUCGAGUCUGAACUCUACGCUGCGGCACAUCGUUCAACAGUUGGAUAUUCUCACCCAGACCGUCUCCGUGCUGGAGGAGCGUCUCACCCUGACUGAGGACAAGCUGAAGGAUUGUCUCAGCAACCAAUCCCGGAUUCUCAGGGACGUGAGAGUGUCAGGAGAGAGGCGGAGAUGGGACAGCGAGGAGACGGAUGGUUACAUAAGAAGGAGCGGUCCGCUGGGAGAGGACGGGUCCAGUUUCACCCGCAGCAGAGAGGAGGAUGUCACAGCUGUGGUAGAUCUGAGGUUUCAUGCAGCAUAA